AUGGCAAAGCGUAACAAAAACCCGCUACAAGACAGUGAAAUCAUCACAGAGAGCGAGGACGAGAAAGAAGAUUCUGAUGGACCCAGGGUUGUUCAAUGGGUUGACGAGGAGGACCUAGUGCAAAGGCAGAGUGAUGGUUCCAGUGACAAUGAAGAAGAAUCUGAAAAUGAGGGCAGCGACGAUGAGAGAGGCAUGAGCACACUGCAAAACAAUCUAUCAGACUUGCCUUUUGGCGCGCUUCAAAAAGCACACCGUGUUCUGGCGCAGAUGACAGCAGACAGCGACUUUGAAGACUCUGAAGACGGCGAGGCACCCCUCUCUGAAGGUGGGCCUUCGAGAUGGGGUGAGGAACAGGGGAGUAUUGGAAGAGAACAGGGCCCAAGAAAGUCACAAAAAGACAUCGCGAAGCGAAAGGAUAAACAUGCGCCAACAGAAGUCACGUCGAAGCGACCCGUACCGCGUCGACGGAAUAUUGUAGAGAUUCCCAAAAUGGAAGUUCGCGACCCUCGCUUCAUACCUCUUACAGGCGAAUUCGAUGCCGCAAAAUUCCGUACUCAAUACAAUUUUAUCGCCGACAUGCACCUCACCGAGCUCAAAACACUCCGAGAUAAUUUGAAGCGCGCACGCAAAAUGCUUGCAUCAUCUCCCCAUGAUUUGCGCGAGGAGCGCGAAAGGGAAGUUGAAGGUCUUGAAUUGGCUGUGAAGCGCAGCGAGAGUAUGGUCAACAGAGACAAACGGGAGAAGAUAGAGCAGGAGGCCCUCAGAAAAGUCACGAAGGAAGAACGUGAAAAGAGGGCACAGGGCAAGGGCGACUUCUGGAUCAAGAGUUCUGCCAAGAAAGAUAUUCUAUUGAAAGCUCGAUAUGAAGCCAUCGCUGCAGAUGGCGGGAAACGGGCUGUGAAAAAGGCUAUUGAGAAGAAACAGAAGAAAGUGAGCCAGAAAGAGACGAAGUCGAGACCUUUCGCUCGCGGCGAAGCAUUUAGUGGAAGAGGAGAUGGCGAAAAAAGUCGGGAGAUGGGCAAACGCCAAUUUGAAGGGCAAAAUCAUCAUCCCAGAGGGAAUAAGCGGCGGAAGGUUACAUGAAGUACGGUGUAUGUCCCUCUCAGCUCUAUCUAUUCUACUUAGUUUUUAAUGUAAUAGCACAGUCUUCGAGAUUCCCCGCGGAAUGUGAUUGCAUUCACGUCGUCAGUUUUCAGACUAUGUGAUGUCCGUGACCAUGCACCUUCCUCGUUCUCCCCGCAUCGCUAUCCAUCAUCACGUACCUCCCAUUCUCCAACCGUAAAUCCAACGUUACGCCUCGGGAUGGGACCCCUAUCCUCCAAAGUGGUGUCACGCCAAGCCACGCUCCUAGCUUAGACAAUAGGUUCCUUCGCGGCUUCAACCUAUACUG